AUGUCCCAGUUCUCAAUCCCGCGGGCCCACGCCGGCGCUCACCGCGCCAGAAGAUCCCCUGAAACCCCAGCAGCUCCACGACACGCACAUGCACACCGCAACACAACACCGCUGACCGAAUUGAACAACCUGCGGAACAAGGUGAAGGAUCUGGAGGCCAAAAACAAGACGUUGGCGGCCCGGGUCGAGGAGAUGACCAAGCGAUACAGAGAGCUGUGGGGGAAGUAUGAGGACAAGAAGGGGCUUCUGACUGCCGCGCAGAAGAAAUUGGGUGGGGUGGAGGAGGAGCUGAGGAGGUUGAGGGAGAGGUGGAGUGCGGUGAAGAAGUUGAUGUAG